AUGUCAGAGCACAAACCAAGCCGUGAAGUCCAAGGAAUUGUCUGUAGACCUCAGAGACAGGAUUGUAUCGAGGCACAGAUCUGGGAAAGGGACAACGACCCUAAGCACUCAGCCAAGGAGCAAGGAGCCAAAAGCAAGGAGCCAAAGGAGUGGCUACAGGAGCUUGAGAUGUCCUGCAAAGUAGAAUGGGAGAAAAUGCCCAAAAAUAAGUGUGUCAAGCUUGUAGCAUCAUACUCAAAAAGAUUUGAGGCUGUAAUUGAUCACAGUAAAGUUGUGUCCACUGAGAGACAUUUAUUAAAGGAGAAACAUGACAAUGCUCCAGCCAAACAGAUGGUACUAAAAUACAAUGCCACAGAAACAGAACAACUGAAUAAAAUACGGGAGAAGAAAUAUCAGCAAGUUCAUGAACAUCUCUCUGCCUGCAAUGGAUGGAAGUCUCUUGGUUUAAAGGGUUACUACUUCUCCACUGAUAAACUGAACUGGACACAGAGUCGAGAUUACUGUGUGGAGAAAGGAGACCACCUGGUCAUUAUAACCAGCCAACCUGAACAGGGUUUUUUAUUUUCACAAAUUGGAGAAACUGAGGGACAGUGGAUGUGGGUGAACAACCAGCCCUUAAAGGAGACGGGUGUAACGUUCUGGUAUAGUGCUCCAGAGGGACCAAAUGAGCCUGAUAACUGGAAAAUGCAGGAAAACUGUGCUGCUCUGGGGGAUUCAAAGGGUAACAUAAAUAAAUGGUUUGAUGCUUCUUGUCAUACAAUAACAAAGUGCAUCUGUGAAAAGUAAAAGACUUCUUUCACUUGCAUUUGUGCCUGCAAUUGCUUGUCUUUCAGAACGGUGGACAAUUUUUGGUUGUCGACUAUAAAUAUUUGAUAUUAUAAUACAGCUAGUGUUCAGUUUACCUAUAGUUUAUUUUUUAACAUGUACACAACCAUGUACACACUUUAUAUACAAGGUAAUCUUUUACAGAAU